UCUGAGGUCAACUGUCAAGUUAAAAAGUAAGUAGGUGGCACUUUGGCACUAGCACAGACGAAGUAGAGAUGCUACGCAUCAGACGGAAACGUUCCAUAGUAAAAAAAUAGCUCCGUGGAAACUGCACUUAUAGAACAUGACAGCUCUUUUUUUUAAUUGAAUUAUUUGCCUUGGAAGUUAGUGGCUUUGGGUGGUAGCAAUUUUAGCCUUUUUAAGCCUAAAUCGCCUCCUAUUUUCACCUCCGUGAUAAAAUCUAAUAAUUUUCAUUUAGAAUAGGAAUUUGAAAUGAAAUAGUGCUAUUUCUGUUUUGGAUUGUUUUCUGGAUCUCAUGUACUCAGAGUAAAUUCUUGCACAAAUUGGUGUCACGAGACUUUUUCGUGACAAUCGCACGCCUUCUUCGUCUAGGGCGUGGAGGAGUGGAGUAAAUGGGUGCAUCUCAAAUAAGAAACAAAAAGAAAAUUGAAUAACCUCACAACAGCUCUAAAUCGACAGAAACAAAUAAACAUCCUACUACGCCACACCCAUACCUAGUCUAUUCUGUCGAGGGCAUUUUUUUGUGUUCUAUAAUGUAGAUUAAUAUGAAAAGUAAAACAAUAUCAAAAUAAUUGCCAGUAAUUGGAUAUUUGUGUAUAUCAUACAUAAUAAUCAUUGAUCCAAGAUAUGUAAACUUACCACUUUCGACUCUUGUACGUUUCUCUGGAACUUUACUGUCGGAAUGGUCUUCAUGCAGUCUCCUCUUGCAAUAGUUGUGCUCAUGAGAGACAUUUUCUGAAAAUUAAUAAAUGUUUCAGUGAAUUCCAUUCUCAGACUUCUGCCACUGUCUUUUUCACUAGCAAAUGUCCCAAACAGACCAACUUAUCUGAACAGACCGACAAACAGAGCAUCAAUUGUUAAUAGAAUAGCCACUUAAUAAUAAAUAAUGUGAUACAUUAUUUUAAAUAUCUCUGUGGGUACUUACUAGUACCAUCGGCGUCGUGGUGUAAGCCUUGGGGCAUACCAGUAGUGAUCUCAUCACCACUAAAUAAUGUUAGAUAGGCGUAGUCGCGGAAGCGAGAUCUCACUCGUGGCAAUGAGAAAAACCUUUUCUGCUUUUGUAAGUUUAGGACACUUCCCAAUAUUUCAGAACCAAUGCACGCUACCCAUUUUUGGACUUCUAUCUCAGAUUUUGGAAAUCUAUAAAAAAUUGCGUCCUUUCGUCUACUAUCACAACACUAUAGUUAUGGUACAUGGUGAAAGUUAGAUAAUACAGCUACAAAAAUUGAGAGGUUAAGUUACGGAAUUAAAUGUUGUGGAGGAACUUUGAAAAUAUCAUUUCGAACAAGAUGGCGACUGGUCUUUGCAUUCUUUAACUCUAGGAAAGAAGGAGGGGCGGGGUGAAUCUGUCAUCUUCUAUAAGUGCAACCAUAGACAUAAUGCGAGAAUGAUAUGUAGGAAGAUAACCGGCCAUGGUAGGGCAAGCUGGUCACCUUCAUGUUCCUGACUUUCAAUCAAAUAUCUUAGAAGGCAAUCAACAUUUAUUCAAUCUUGAAGGGCAGCUGGCACACAAAUUUGACCUGAUUAAUAAUCAUAUUGAUAAGAAAAGCAAAUUGCAUUUCAUAGGGCACUCUAUUGGUGCUUGGAUGAUCACAGAAUUGUUACAGAAACAUGCUGCAAUUCAUGAAAGAACAUCUUCAGUAAGCUUGUUAUUUCCAACAUUACAAAGAAUGGCAGAUACAAGAAAUGGAAAAUUCCUUAAUGGAUUUCUGAGAAGAAUACAUGGAUUAGUGGUUAUUCUUUUCUCACUAUUAUACUUGAUUCCAGAGUCAAUCCGUGCAAUUUGCAUACAAACAUAUUUAAAAAUUUGUUCUCUACCACCACACUAUCUUGAGAGAAUAAUGAAAUACUUACAUCCUUUAGUUAAUGAAAAAGUACUAUUUUUAGCAUAUGAUGAAAUGGAUACAGUUCAAAAACUUAAUAAUGAAGCUAUUGAUAAAAUUAAGCAUUUGACUUAUGUUAUUUAUAGUACAGAUGAUGGAUGGGCUCCAAUUCAUUACAUGGAUGAUCUCAAACCAUUUGAACCUAUGCUACAAAUGAAAGAAGUUAAUAUUGCUCAUGCAUUUGUUUUAAAAUCUCCUGAGCCUGUAGCAGAAAUGGUAGUAGAUUUUAUUAAAACAAAAUUGUAAUAAUUAUAAAUCUAAUAAGUUAUGUAGCAGAAGGGAUUGAGGGCUACUAAUAUAAAAUGCUAUUUAAGAUAUGUGCACUUUAAUUUAUUAAAAAUUAUUACCUGUUAUAUUACAAGAUACAAUUUUCAAGUAGGGAUAAUAUAAUAAUAUACAUAUUUCUAGUCCUAAGGAAAUAAAACUGCUCUAACACAAAAGAAAUCCACAUUGCAUACAAAUGUUGAAAAAUAAGUACAUUUGAAGAUCACAAAAUGAGUAUCUGGUAAUUAUAAUGGCACUAAGGAUAAGUAAGACAGAAAUGGGGUCUCAAUACAUGCAUCCACAAUUGGUUCAUAGUACGUAUUUAUCAAAUAUUAAGUUAUUGUUUAUCCGGAAACAGUUGUACAGUAACAUGAAAUGGUAAAAAAAAACCUUAAUAGAAUUGAAUUAUUGUUUUACAAAAAGAAAUACAACAUUACUAUUUAAUU